AUGUCUCCCCCUGAGCCCAACUGGGAUCAAAAGAUGGUGCCUACUCAGACGAACCCUGAACCCAACCCUCCGCCGUCUGACCAGCUACCGCUGAUGCAAGCAGUUCGCAUCUACCCUAAGAUUGUUGCAUGUGCAUUCGGUCUCGCCCUAGCGUUCCUUCUCACAGGAUACGACACUGUGAUCCUCGGCACCAUCACGGCAGUACCAUACUUCAAGCACGAAUUCGGUCACCUAUACGAUGGUUCCUACAUUAUCCCAGCCUCGUGGCUAUCGGUUUGGAGCGCCAUGGGACCGGUGGGGUCGAUGGUGGGCGCAGUCAAUGCUGGCUGGCUGCAAGAUCGGAUUGGACGUCGCUGGUCAUUGGCUUUGAGCUGUUUCGUCUGUGCAGUUGGGAUCGCCAUCGCAUUCUGUGCCGAUCUACCGGACGACAUGAACUCCCGACGUGGUGUAUUCCUCGUUGGUCGAACUGUUCAGGGAUGGGGUGUUGGCGGUGCUAUGGCCGGUGCCCAGACAUAUCUUUCCGAGACAGUUCCAACUUGCUUGCGUGGAUCGGCCAUGGCACUGUCACCGACUUUCAUGCUUCUUGGUGAACUGAUCGGAGCUGCUGUUAUCUAUGCCUGUGAAAAGAAGACUUCGGCUGCAUCUUACCUGAUCCCUUUUGGUACUCAAUGGAUUACUACUAUCCUGCCCUUCGUUUUGGCUUGCAUCUUGCCCGAAAGCCCGUCGUAUCUGCUUCGGAAAGGAAGAUACGAUUCCGCCCAUCGUGCUCUGGCAUGGUUCCACACCGAUCAGGUCAAUGUUGCUGAGCUUUUUGACCAAAUGCGUUUGUCUCUCGCGCAUGAGGAGUCUCUAUCACGGGAGCUGGCUUAUGUUGACUGCUUCAGGGGUGUCAACAGACGCCGGACAAUGAUUGUGGCUUUCUCUUUUGUUGUUCCAAGCUUCUUUGGUGUUCCUCUCUUGGCGAGCGCGAGUUACUUCAUGCAGGUUGUUGGAAUGGAAUCUAGUCUCAGUAUAAUUGUGCUGAUUCUGGGUAUCGUACUGGGCCUUAUUGCCAACGGGCUCGGUAUCUGGCUCAUGAGUCGCUUUGGGAGGCGCUUACUGAUGCUCAGCACUUUGGCAGUAACCACUGUCAUAUGGCUGAGCAUGGGAAUCGCUGGAUGCUGGACCGGCAACAUUGUGAUCUGGUAUACUGCCGCUUGCAUGAUGGCUGUCGUAGUAGUCUGUGGUCUCGGAGCGUGGCCCGCAUCAUAUGCAGUCUCAGGGGAGACCUCCUCUCUUCGUCUCCGUGCCAAAACCCAGGGUAUCGGUGUUUUAUGCUACAUGCUAUCCAAUGUUGUCUUCAAUCUUAUUCUCCCCUACAUUUACAACACAGACGCAGGGGAUUUGAAAGGCAAAACUGGCUUUGUCUACGCGGGCUUGUGUUUGUUGACCUUUAUCGUUACAUGGCUGAUUGUCCCUGAGAUGAAGGACCGUACAGCUCUCGAGGUGGACUCAAUGUUCGAAGAGGCUGUGCCCUGCACGGAAUUCAAGAAAUGGAGGCCUACAGUGCAGCCAAACAAGGAGCAACUGUCAUGA